GCACCACCAGCCGUCCGCCGAGCGUGUGGCCGAAAGAAAAUGCGGAGACGUGAGGGAGCAGUACGGCAUCCAGCGAGUGGAAGCGAUGUUCUAUACGCUGGACCGUAUUAACGCCGACCAGAACCUACUGCCCAACAUCAGCCUGGGCUGCGAGAUCCGGGACUCGUGCUGGCACUCUUCUGUGGCGCUAGAGCAAAGCAUCGAGUUCAUCCGAGACUCCCUCAUCUCAAUUCGGGACGACAAAGACGGAUCUAAGUGGUGCAUCGACGGGACCCCUUCCAACCAGCCUCCUCCUAGCAAGAAGCCCAUCGCUGGAGUCAUAGGUCCGGGCUCCAGCUCGGUGGCCAUCCAGGUGCAGAAUCUCCUCCAGCUGUUUAACAUCCCCCAGAUCGCUUAUUCGGCGACCAGCAUAGACCUGAGCGACAAAACUCUCUUCAAAUACUUCCUCCGUGUCGUGCCCUCUGACACGCUGCAGGCGCGCGCCAUGCUCGACAUUGUCAAACACUAUAACUGGACUUACGUGUCUGCUGUUCACACGGAGG